AUGGCUUCAACUUCAACUUCAACUUCAACUUCGGGUGGUAUAGUUGUUGGGUCACUAGCUGGUGAUCCUUUCUAUGAUCAGUUCACACUCUAUUUUUUGUAUAAUGUCCAUUCUAUACCUACUUGUUUGGUAUACGUAUUAGUACCAAGCUUGACGAGGAGCUGA